ACUCGGUGCCGGUGUUAUGUGGGAGCGGCUGCGGUGCUCUGCAGAUGCUGAGCAGACUAUGCCUGAGGGCCCAGCGUCGGACAUCGGGCGGUUCCCCUGGCUUGGUCUAGUGCAACAUAGCUUUUACAUAGCAGGCAGGGUUCAUUUUGCAAUAACUGGAGCUGUUCUCAUUCACCCUGGGUUUGCGAUAGCAGCAGCUGAAGAUAUAGCGAGGAUUGAGCCUACAGAACUCAAGAAUAAUACGAAGCUAAUUCUUUGGGGUAGCAAGGGCAAGGAAAAUCAGAAAUAUGCAGUAGAUGUAAUGGAUUAUAUACUGCAUCCACAGUACCAAGAGAGACUGACAUUUGCUACCAUUGCACUUUUGGACUUGGUCGGGUGGAGUGAAACACAGUUUAACGACUGGAAAGCCCCGGUGUUACCAAUUUGCAUGCCUGUAAAAGGAGGUGGACUUUUCACUGAUAUGUACGCAAUAAAAUUUACAGAUACAUCGAAGGAAAUGCAGAAAGAGGUAUACAAAAUGAAAUUUGUCGACGAUCAAGAUUGUGAAGAGUUUUACUAUAAAGCUCAGUUAUCAUAUGGGAAGACGAACCCGGUGAAUCCAGUGUGUGCUGUGUCAGAGAACAUUACAACGCCCUGUGUGUGGGACUCUGGUACCGCACUGGUCACCAGGCAGUCUUGGGGGUUCUGGAAACUGCUUGGUUUUGCCCUCCGAAGCCCCGGUUGCGGAGCUCCGACCAGGUUCCUAAACAUCCACGACUACCUACCCUGGAUUAAUGACGUCAUCUCUCGGAAAGCCUAUGAAGAUUAUGAGGACGUAUACAAGUUAGCUAUGCGUAGAUUGUCUCCAUACAAAUUCAUUUUGUUUAAGGGCACUACGAAACUACCAAAAGGUAUAGGCCAAUGUUCGAGGAGAGCUCGAGGCUCUGUCCUUUACAAAGACAGUUCGGAAUUCAACACAAACAGUAAUCUUGCGCAAGGAUUUUUCCACAUAGAGAUAAGUCACAUAGCUAGUUUUAGGUGCGUCGAAGUGAACUUGGAUUGUAAAAUUAGAACAAAUGCUGCUAUUUGGUUGGAACACAACUGCCACCCUGACAUGAGGGGACUGGCUUACAACCAGAGCAGAGCAGGAGAGAGGGAGAGAUUACUUUGCUUCGUUUACUUCAAGACAUCUGCGUUUGUCGAGGUCCGAUUCAUAUUCUCGUUUUCAGCAACGAUUGAAGUUACACUAUUCGGUGUACACGAAACGACGAGAAACAUUCCGAACCCUUUCAAGUCAACACAACACACUACAGCGUGGUGGCCGACUACCAGCAAGUUUAUUAUGUCGCAAUGGGUCCCAACAAAUGUAUGGUGGUAUGGUUUGUAAAA